UUUUACCCGGAUUCACCUGGUCAGUCCGUCAUGGAAAGAGCAGGUGUUCUUAAUGUUAUGUAUACUCAUUGUAUAGCUAGCUAGCUUGCUGAAAGAACAAAGAAAAUAGCUAUUUGAUUAUGUUCUUGUGCACGUCUAAAUAUUAAUGGCGUCUGGAAGCCGACACAGUUUCACUGGAAUUAUCAAAAACUGGAAGAGUCAGACAAAUGUCAGCCCUCAACAUCUCAACAACUGGUAUUGGCACAGUUUAGCUGAGACUCAUCUCUUGACAGAUCACGUUCUACGAGGAAAAUAAUUUCCAGGGCCGCUGCUAUGAGUGCAGCAGCGACUGUGCCGACCUGCACUCCUACUUCAGCCGCUGCAACUCGGCGAGGGUGGAGAGCGGGGCCUGGGUGCUUUAUGAGAAACCCAACUACAAGGGCUACCAAUACAUCCUGAGCCCAGGAGAGUACACAGACAACCAGCAAUGGAUGGGAUUCAACGAUAGCGUCAAGUCCUGCCGCGCCAUCAAAAACGUGUAUGGCAACGUGUGGAAGCUGAGGCUGUACGAGAGGCCAGACUUCGGCGGUCGGAUGGUGGAGUGGGCCGAGGACUGCCCCUCGGUCUACGAGGCCUUGAAGUUCCGCGAGGUGUACUCGUGCAUGGUGACCCACGGCGCCUGGGCCUUCUACGAGCUGCCAAACUACAGGGGACGCCAGUACUUCCUGGAGCGCGGCGAGUACCCCCGCCACACAGACUGGAGCGCCGCAUCUGCCGCCGUGGGCUCCUUCCGCAGGAUCACUGAGUUCUAGGGCUCUGUGACCUUUGACCUUUGAGCGUGGGAUCGAGUUGGUCUCUGGUCUUAUUGAGUCUGUGUGACAUCCAAUAAAAAAAUGAACUAUUUGCAAAUGUC